AUGAAGUCUAUCAUUUUAGUAUUGUUUUGUGUUUCAGCUGGUCAUGGAUUGUUCUUUGGUUCAAAUACAGACCCAAAGUGGGAGGAACUUGCGGCAACAUGGGGUCCGAAUCCACUAUCAUCAGAGUAUUUCGUCAAGCAACCAAAAACGGUCACUGAAGCAGUCCAAGAGAAAUAUACAAAAAUCCCGGGUUCGUGCAAUGGUAAGUGUUGAGCUUUUCAAAAAUCACAACAAAAAAUAUACGUUGAAGGAAAACAUCCAGUCAUUGUGCAGAAUAUAGGAAAGAACAGCGAAGUUGAUUUUUGCAGUUCGUCCGCAAAGAUCAAGUUCGUGUGUUCGAUUCUAGCUUCGUGCAAGGAUUGAUUUUGUGUUCUGAUAGUUUAAGUUUCAGAAUGAUCUCUAAUCAACUACUGUCUCGUGGCGAACGAUGUUAGACUUUGGGAGUAUACCCGAAUACUAACACUUCUCACAUCGUCACUCUUAAAAGAGUGAUGUAUGGUACCGUAUCAAUAGGACACGUAGUUCAAAUCUGAUAGACGAGCGAACUAAUUUUGGUACCAAAGCGGUGAAAAUGGAACGAUCUCUUGACUUCGUUACUUUUGUAGUUAAUUAGCUAGCACGAUUUAUUUUUUUAUGAGUUGAAAAUACAAUAACUUUUGUUUGUUAAUUAUCAGGCAUGACACUGGGUAACCGAUACAUGAAAAACAAUGAUUCAGCACUU